CCACUUGAAUGUAUAAAUUUUAAUUUAUUUAUCAAAGCAAGUGUACAAUAAAUUUUUUAGGUGUAUUCGAAGUUGGUCAUAGGGUGAAUAUUUUGUAAGAGUUGGCAUCACUGUCGUUAAGUCCUAUUAACUAAAACCGUACAUUAAAGUUAAGUAUAAGUAACAAGUAGUAAAUUUUUCACCGAGGAGUAUAUUAUAUAAAAUACAUGUUGUUAACUGUGAACUGUGGCCAACUUCACUUCGAAGUCGUCGUAUUUUAAUCAAAAUAAUUAUUAUUAAACAUAAGAUUGUCGAGAGUAAGCGAACUUUAGAAGUAAAAACAAAAUCAUUCGACCUAAACACUUGCAUAAUAUUAAUUCAUAAUUGUAAUGACAAAAUAAUGGUUGCUAUAUUAAACUGGUUUUCUUGCAUUUAAAUUAAUAUAAUUAGUGUCACACGUUGAUAAUAUCCAAUAUACAACUCGGAUAAAAAUUAUUCGUAAAAAAAAGUUUAAAGAAUAUUUGUGAAAUGGAAGGUGGAUAUGAUGAAAUUAUAUCAGACAACCCAUUUUUUGUGGCUUUUAAAACGGAAUAUUUGGAGCUAUUUCAACAUUGCAUCACUGAAUCAUGGAUAGUUUGUGUGCCCCGCGUAGGAAGCCUAAAUACUCGUGCGUUUACCAUUGAGGACUACUGUGCCCAUGUCUUAGUGCCUAGUGAUGAAUUACCAGAAACACACUAUACCACCCUUACUGAAAAACAGGUAACUAUUGCUAAUAAAGUAAUCACACUUGACAUUACCAAAGGACUACCUCUUCAAAGUCAUAUCCUGUUUGAAGAAACAUUCUAUACAGAAGAUUUUAUAAAAUAUAAAGUGUGGUGUAUAGAAGCCCCAUUGGAACCAACUUCUAAUGUUGGAGAUAAUGAUGUCACAAAAGAAAAUCUGUGCUCUAUUAAUGACUGCAUUGAUUUACUAUGGACGCAAGCCGCUGGCCGUCAGGUAUUGGACCAAAUAGAUUUAACUGUCCAAAUAUUUAUUAAAAAACACCCUACACUUCCUGUUGCUAUAGGUAAUUUAAAGGAUGCUGUUAGUGAGCUUUAUACACAAUGUCUUCAAGUUGCAUUGCAGAAUAAGCGUUUAAGAGAUAAAUCUAAAACAUCUAAACAUAUACUGGAGAACAUUAAGUUAGCUGUUGAGUGUUACAUGCAACAACUAUUAUUUGAUUACAUUUUCAAGCCUAUAUGUACCAGUUGCUCAUAUGAAGAUUCACAUCUUAAUAAAAAAAUAAGGAAUAUGUGUGACAUACAGCUGAGAGAUCUUGAUAUCAAAAAAGAACUAUAUCAUGCUGUACCUAAAGCAAAGCAAAUUCUUUCUAAAAUUGACUCAUAUAAUACAGUGUUGGAGAAAGUUCUAUGUUUAAAACAAGCAUUGAAUGCCAUUAAUAAAGGUGAUUGUAGCACCGAUGCAACCUUAUUAACUGCUGAUGACUUAUUACCAGUUUUUGUAUUUCUUUUAAUUAAAUCUGGUUUACCUAACUGGUACAGUCAACUGACCUACAUGAAGGACUUUAGAUUUAGUGGUAUUGGCAAAGGUGAUGGUGACGAAAGUAUAUUUCUCAUAACUACUCUAGAAGCUGUCAUAGAACACAUACAAUCAGGAGCAUUAGCAGGUCCUCCUGAUCCCGAAUCAUAUUAUUAUGAAAGCAAUCCCUCUGAAGACAGUAUGAGCUCUUGUAAUCAAAGACGAAGCAGCAUGACAGAAUCUACCUCAACCUGUGAAACAACUAGCCGUGAAGAAACUUUGGAGUAUGUGUUUGAUUUAAUCAAAGCUAAUCACACGGAACAGGUACAGUCAUUGUUAGAAAAAAAUAGAAUACAUUUAAAUAAUAUGCAUGAUAAUGAAAAGAGUGCCUUCAAGUUACCAUUAUACGAAAAUGAAGUUGAUGAUGAUGAUGAUGACAGUGAUGUUGAAAUAUUCCAAAAAUUAUGUCAUCCACUUUGUAAUUGUAAAAAAUGUUGCCAAAAGUUAUCUAAAAAUCUUUUAAAAACAUCUCCCACUAUAAAUUCCAGAGACAGCCAUGGUCUUACUCCAUUACAUGUAGCCUCUAUUCAUGGUAAAGCAGCAAUUGUUGAAAGUUUAAUUGAUAUGGGAGCUGAGCUAAAUGCUACAGACCUAAAUGAAUGUUCACCAUUGCAUUAUUCGGCUUCAAGAGGUCAUCAAAAUGCACUGUUGCUCCUUUUACAUUCUGGUGCUGAUAUCAACAAGGCUAAUAUUGAUAAGAAUAGCCCACUGCAUGUAGCAGUUAACAAUGGCCAUUUAAAUUGUGUCAAAGCUCUUAUCUACUUUGCAGAACAUGGAAGAAAGCAGAUAAAUAUAAAUUGUUGUAAUGUAAAUGGAAAUACUCCAUUACAUUUGGCUGCAAAAUGGGGUUAUGAAGGCAUUGCUAAGUUACUAAUAGAAAAUGGUGCAGAACCAUCAUUGCAAAAUCGCAAUGGGAAAUCUGCAUUUGACUUGGCUCAUAAUUUAAAAAUUUUGCAGCUUCUAAAAUCCAGUACUCCUAAUUUAUAUGAAUAUAUCCAUAUUACGAGUUUGGAUAUUAAGAAGCUGAAUUUAAAGUAUGUUAAUGCUGUUUCACAAAAGUUACAAAGUUUAAAACUAAAAAGUAAUGACCGCAACAAUGCGUCUAAAACAGUUGACAAUCUUAAACGCAUUGAAAGAAUUCUGCAGGCCAUUUCAUAUGGUGAUAUUAAGUUGGCAUGUUUUUACAUGAAUAUUAAUUAUGAAAACUUUAUAAAUAUUACAAGUGAAAUUAAAGAAUCUCUUUGUCACCCUUUAUGUGAAUGCCCUAAUUGUAAGGGAAUAAUCCAGUCAAGUUUAUCUGAUUUUGAUGUAAACUUUUGUGAUUCAAAUGGUUACACACCUUUACAUUUUGCAGCCCGGUAUGGCCUUGAUGAAUUAUGUAAAAUUCUUAUCUUAAAUAGGGCAAAUAUCAACAUCAAAAACAAGAAAGGGCAGACACCCUUACAUUUAGCUGCUAUACAUAAUAAAACUGUGGCACUUCAUUAUCUGUUGGACAAUGGUGCAAAUAUAAAUGUGUUUGAUCUCUCUGGUAAUACUGCACUGCAUGAUGCCUGUGCGAUGGGAAAUAUAGGAGCCACAAAGACAUUGCUAAGCUUCCAACCUGACUUAACAAUGACCAAUGCCUCGGAGAAGACACCAUUAGAUGUUGCAAAACAAAAAGUCCACUUAACCAUUAUAGAUUUAAUUGAAAAGUAUCUAAAUAAAACAUCAAUUUAUAAAUAAUCAAAAGCAUUUCUUAUUGUUAUAAAAAACUA